AUGCACGCUGCAUCUGUUCCCAAUGAUACUGCCUUCCACCCUUCUACAUUUAUCCUGCUGGGAAUCCCUGGGAUGCAAGACCAGCAUGUUUGGAUUGCCAUCCCUUUCUGCUCCAUGUAUAUCCUUGCUCUGGUUGGCAAUGGCACCAUUCUCUACAUCAUCAUGACAGACAGAGCUCUGCAUGAGCCAAUGUACCUCUUUCUGUGCCUACUUUCCAUCACUGACCUGAUACUUUGUUCCACCACAUCACCCAAAAUGUUAACAAUAUUCUGGCUUAGGUCCCACAUAAUUUCCUUCCAUGGCUGCCUCACCCAGAUGUUUUUUGUUCACGCCAUCUUUGCCACCGAGUCAGCUGUCCUGCUGGCCAUGGCUUUUGACCGCUAUGUGGCUAUCUGCCGCCCACUUCAUUAUACUUCCAUCCUCAAUGCCACUGUGAUUGGAAAGAUUGGUCUGGCAUGUGUGUCCCGUGGCCUUCUCUUUGUUUUCCCCUUUGUCAUCCUCAUUGAACGCUUACCCUUCUGUGGCCAUCAUGUUAUCCCCCACACUUACUGUGAGCACAUGGGCAUUGCCAAGCUGGCCUGUGCCAGCAUCAAGCCCAACACUGUUUAUGGUCUCACAGUGGCACUUUCAGUCACUGGCAUGGAUGUGGUUCUCAUUGCUACCUCCUAUGGCCUGAUUCUGCGGGAUGUGCUGCGCCUGCCCUCUAAGGUUGCCCAGUUCCGAGCAUUUAGCACUUGUGGAGCCCACAUUUGUGUGAUUCUUGUUUUCUAUAUCCCUGCCUUUUUCUCCUUCUUCACUCACCGCUUUGGCCACCGUGUACCUCCCCAGGUCCACAUUGUACUUGCAAACCUUUAUCUCCUCUUGCCCCCUGUUCUCAACCCCCUGGUCUAUGGCAUUAAUACCAAACAGAUCCGCAUAAGAAUAUUUGGAUUGUUUAUGGAAAGGAAGUAG